UUCGGACCAUGGAAAACGCUUUCCUGAGGCACCUGUGUAUGGAGCAUGUUGCUGGGGUCCAGCCUGCCUGCCCCUUCUUGAGGGCCGCAGUGUUUCCGACUCUACCCUCCCGGCCUGCCCGGAUCGGUGCCCUGGAUGUGAUCGACACCAUGAAGUUGCCCCAUAAUCCUCUCUGGCAACAUAGGAUGUACAAUUUGAUCAGCUCAUUGGAUGAAGCCGACAAGUCCCCAAAAUGUGUGAAAAGAGGGCCAAGAGGUAGGCAAGCGCGGCGCUGAGGCAAGCGCUCCAGCCACCCCCUCCCCCGCGUUCCCAGUGCGGCAGUGGCGGCGCGAGCGGGGCUGGGGCCGAGCUCCGGGCCGCGGCGGCGGCGGCAGCGGCGGUGACUAAGGCAGCGGGGAGGCCGCGGCGCCAUGGGGGGGCCGUAGGAGCGCAGCGCGGGGCCGGAAGGGGCAGCGCGGCGGCGCCAGCGGCUGCGGGGUUAUUUCUACGGCUGCGGAGACAGUGACCGCCGCGUUGCCGGGGGGCCGGGCAGGCGGGGCGGGGCGGGGCGUCCUCCCGGGGCCGCGGGCGGCUCGCGUCGGAGCACUUGGCCUCAGGGCCCCGCUGCCCCAGCUCGCCCGCCCGCCCGCCGGCCGGCGCACGCCGAGGAGGCGGCGGCCGCCCAGGAAGCAGCAGGGGAGAACCGAGCAGGAGGUGAGGAGGACGUGGAAGAGCAAAAGUAGGCGGCGGCGGCGGAGGUGGUGGAGGAGGCGCGCGGCCUGAAGGAGGCGGUGGAGGAGGAUGGAGGAGAAGCCGAAGGAGGGCGAGGCCGGGGUCGCGGAGCCCUGGUUGUCCAAGUGGGAACGCCAGUGUCUGGCCGAGCAGGAAGAGCAGGAGCUGCCCGAGCUGCAGGAGGAGGCGGCCGCCGAGGCUGCGGGGCUGAAGAGCGAGCAGCAGAAGCUGUGGCAUCUCUUCCAGAUCUCAGCCACUGCCGUGGCCCAGCUGUACAAGGAUUCUGGAUGCCAACAGCCAGGACUCUCUGUGUGGGACCCUUUCCAGCAUGCGGCCAUGGCCGUGACCAGCCUCUACAAAGAGAGCGGGAAUGCCCACCGGCGAAGUUUCGAGCUAGGCGUGCAGGUUGGCUACCAGCGUCGCAUCAAAGAUGUGUUGGAGUGGGUGAAAAAGGGCCGAAGCACCAUUCGUCGCGAAGACCUGAUUAGCUUUCUCUGUGGCAAAGCACCCCCCAGCCCAGCCCCACCACGCCCUCCCAGGAUGUCCCCGAAGCCACCCACCGGGGCCACUGGGCCAGGCACGGCCACCGAAUCCGGCUCGUCAGUGGACGUCGACCUACAGCCUUUCCACGAGGCCAUCGCGCUGCACUGCCUCAGCGGUGCCAUGGCGGGCAUCAGCAUGCGCUCUGGCGCUCCUGGCUCCCCGUCUCAGGAGAGUGCUGUAGCCAGCAAUGGACGCCGAAGAAGUAGCUUCUUUGAGGAUGGCCUUGACCCCGAAGAAGUUGCCCAACACCUGGACAGUGGGGGGACCCGCAAGCGCAGCUCAGCCUGCUGCGGUGAUGGCAUCACAGACUCUCCAACCUAUAAGCGCAACCGAAUGGCCUAGGCAGAUUGUUGGGUCACUGGUUACAGAGCAGCACAUUGCCUGAGCGCUGACUUGACUUGCCAUUCACUUGUCUGAAGAUCAUCUUCCUUCCUUAAGUUAAACAAAGAUUUCUAUCAAGCUUGCCAUAAAGAAACUGUUAAGGAAUAUCAGAAGAGGCCUCGUAUGACUCUGACUUUCCCAAAAAUAUAAUUGUAGCAGAGAACAUCACAUGUCAUGUAGUAGUUAACAAGAUCACUUAUAGCGAAAGUCUCCGGUCAGGGCAGCAGCCUUGUUAACAGUUACAGUGGCACCCAGCACAGUUGCUGGUGCCCAAUAAAUGUUUGUUGAGUGAAUAAAUGUGACCUUAUUUGAGAUUCUUGAAUGGGAAGGACAGAGCAGGUAUUAACUUGGUGAUUGGAUAAUUUUAUCCUUACCAUUUUGGUUGCUAGCUCUAAUGGUUUGCCAAUCCAGUUGCAUUACACAAAAAUGUAAAACUUGACAUCUUUGUGAAAUCUGGAGUUUUCUGUUUUGACUCCAAUGUACCAUGCACCUGAUGUCUCAAAAAAUGUGCACGUAAUGUUUACUAGGCUGUGCUUAACUUGAAAAAUAAUGAAUGAUUUUGGUGAUUAUGAUGGUUGGGUGGGUAAUAUUUAGUAUUGAGGUAAUAAUUCAUUGCACUUUUAAGGAAAAAAAGCAACAGUUUGAGAGCCUAAGAUUGUGUACCUUGGUGACCCCGUGGUACUUUUUUUCGCCCCAUAGAAAUGUAAAAAGUUCCUUUUUGCAAGUUUACAUCUUCUUGGUGAUAACUGUUUUAAAGUGGAAGAUUAAGUAGAAUGAACUUCUGGGUUUUAUUUUAAGCAAGGUAAAAUAAGGUACUCUCCCUGGUGGCCCAGUGAUGCGCCUUUUUCUUAAGAGUGUAAAAAAUUCCUUUUCCUGAGGGUACAUCUUUUUGGUGAUACUGUUUUAAAGUGCAAGAUUGGAAAUUCAGAAUGGACUUCUGGGUUUUGUUUAAAGUUACAUCAUAGUAGAACUGAAAGAGUGUGUGUGCUUUCUAUGUAAAGGACCAACAGUGAAAUCAUAGCUCCACAAAUUAACUGCAUGAUUUUGGGAAAAUCAUUUAAUGUCUACUGACCUCAGUGUUUCAUCUGUAAAAUGGAACUAUGUCUUCCUGAGGUCAUUGUGCAGAUCAGGUGAAGUCCAUAUUUAAGUGUCUAGCUCAAUGCUGAGCACAUAAAUGCACUCAGCAAGUGUUCUUUCUCUAAAAGCAGGGACUGGUGUUGCAUAGCGGGUAAAGCUGCCACCUGCAAUGCCAGCAUCCCAUAUAUGGGCUGGUUCGUGUCCCGGCUGCUCCACUUCUGAUCCAGCUCCCUGCUGAUGGCCUGGGAAAGGCAAUGGAAGAUGGCUCAAGUGUUUGGGACCCUGCCACCCAUAUGGGAAACCUGGAUGAAGCUCCUGACUUUGACUUGCCCCAGUCCUGGCCAUUGUGGCCUUCUGUGGAGUGAACCAGCAGAUGGAAGAUCUGUCUGUCUCUGUAACUCUGA